AUGUCUGCCGGAAUCACUCGCACUCUGAACAACGGCGUCAAGAUCCCUGCCGUCGGCUUCGGUACCUUCGCCAACGAGGGCUCUAAGGGCGAGUCCUACAAGGCUGCUCUGCACGCACUGAAGACUGGCUACAGACACCUUGACUGCGCCUGGUUCUACCAGAACGAGGACGAGGUUGGUGCCGCUGUUCGCGACUUCCUCAAGGAGAACUCAAGCGUGAAGCGUGAGGACAUCUUCGUUUGCACAAAGGUGUGGAACCACCUUCACGAGCCCGAGGAGGUCAAGUGGUCUUUCCAGAACUCGCUCGACAACCUCGGCCUGGACUACAUUGACUUGUUCCUUGUCCACUGGCCCAUUGCCGCUGAGAAGGAUGACAAGAACAUGCCCAAGUUGAACGAGAAGGGUCAAUACGUUAUCAAGGAGGAGUUGACCAAGAACCCCGAGCCCACCUGGAGAGCAAUGGAGGAGAUUUACUCAUCUGGCAAGGCCAAGGCCAUUGGUGUCUCCAACUGGACCAUCGACGGUAUCAAGCAGCUCAUGACUUUCGCCAAGGUCAAGCCUGCUGUCAACCAGAUUGAGAUUCACCCCUUCUUGCCCAACACCGAGUUGGUCGACUACUGCUUCUCGCAGGAUAUCAUGCCCGCCGCCUACUCGCCUCUCGGUUCGCAAAACCAGGUUCCUACCACUGGUGAGAAGGUCAACACCAACCCCGUUCUGAACGAGAUCGCCGAGAAGGGCGGCAACACUCUUGCUCAGGUCCUCAUUGCAUGGGGUCUCAGGAGAGGCUAUGUCGUGCUUCCCAAGAGCUCCACUCCCUCAAGAAUCGACAGCAACUUCAAGAGCAUCGAGCUUACCGACGCCGACUUCGAGGCCGUCAACAAAGUUGCCGAGGGUCGCCACACUCGUUUCGUCAACAUGAAGGAUACUUUCGGUUACGAUGUCUGGCCUCAGGAGUCCUCAUAA